GACUAUACGGUUCUUACUGAACCUAAUCGACAGCAGUCCUUUGGUUAUGGUAGUAACUCAGACAACAGACUCGUCCCCGGCUGGUUCCGCUUCCAGUCAAUUUUAUAUUCAAGAAUGGUAGACAAUUGUAUCCCCGUUCGCAAAUGCAGCUCUGAUCUGACUGGGUCGCUGAAUGGCGAGCAUCCCACCUUUGAAGAUAGUAUCGUGAGGAGGGAAGAUUGUUUCGACGGAUUAUUAAACUAUUGUUACUGGACAGUUCAGAUACGCGUUAGAGAGUGUCAAGGUUACUUUGUGUAUGAGUUAAACCCGUCACCUACCGAAAGGUUCAGCCGCUAUUGUGCAAGCGCGCGAACGUUAUCGAGCGCUUUAAGCACACGUCAAGAUUCGAUUAACGGACAGCACGCGUUAGUAAAAAAAACUGUUUCAUGA